AUGUAUACGAAUCGCACAAGAUCCGGCUCUCUGGUGCCUAAAGAAGUGACCUGGCCCCUGUUCUGCCAGUUCCUUGCCCGCUUCAACGAUAUCAUGGAUAACGAAGUUUCGGGACGAUAUCAUUACGGAGAGAUCCGAUUGACCCGACUGAACUAUUACGCGCCCAUUCUGUUGGGAAGAAGCCAUUAUCAGCGUGUGAAUCAUCAAUAUCGAGCGUACUUUGCUCGAAUUCAAGGCCCCGUGAUGUCUGCAUUUGCAUUUUUCUCGAUCCUCCUGAACUGUAUGCAGGUCAGCCUCGCGGCCUCUGAUUUUGAUGAGAGAUAUUCGAGUGCCCUGUUAUUUGCAUGUUGCUACUGUCUCAGUACCCUGAUUGGAUGUGUGACCGGCGUCCUAUCACUGAUGUUGGCCGCUGCAUUCGAUAAAAGCCCCGAGACAGUCCAGACACUGCUUGGAGCUGGCGCCGAUGUCAACGCUCAGGGUGGUAUAUAUGGGUUACCUCUCCUGGCAGCUAUUCAUGAGGGCUAUGUUGAUCACGUUCGAAUUCUUCUUCAGGCUGGAGCAGAUUCACUGCUUGCAGAUGAACUCGGCCACACUCCCCUUCACAUUGCAGCUUCAAAAAAUAAGCUGCAUAUCCUCCGUCGGUUCCCACAACUGCUGUCAGCCCUCAACAACCGUAGUGGUUUCUUGCAAACUCCUCUCCACCUUGCGGUUUGCCUAGGUCACAUUGAAUUUGCUAUUGGGCUUCUUAAUUCUGGUGCCGAUCUUUCCCUCCCAGAUGGUUAUGGGAAACAUGUUAUGGACUGGGCGUCCGGUCAUCAAGCUCUACUGCAGGAAAUACACAAUUACUGCCCUCCCCUUGUGCUUACGCCUCCUGAUACUCAAGAGCGAUCUGUUCAUCGGUCCCUCUACGAACUUAUCGAUUCCCAUCCAUAUUCCAAAUCCAAGUCUUUAUGGCCCAUUCUGCAACAAUUAGGCCGCUUUUUCUUGUUUCUUGGCCAAUUCGACAACGCGCGCUAUCUCUUUCAGCUCCAUCUGUGUCGGGAUGAUUCCUCCAAAACGGAUAUCUGGCAGAUCUCCUGCAACAUGUGCAACCAGAUUAUCACCGGAACACGCUUUAUAUGCCGACUGUGCGCGUGUAUGGAUCUUGGUUCCUCCUGCGUACACAAGUACCCUUGCCAUAGCCGAUUGCAUCCAAACCAAGAGCACGAAGUCUUCGAAGUAUCCAAAGUCCCUGAUUCAAACCUCCAACUCACUGGGCUGGCAUCAGGGCGCUUGACGCAUUUCCUAAGCAAUUUUAUUCAUGAACGUUUUGGUCAAAUCGCCAAUCAAUCUGAGAUAGAGGUAUCAAAGGAUUCCGUGAUUUCUCCGGCACUGAACAAGGCAGAUCUUGUUCCAAAUCUCCCUUUCAGCUUGGUAACACGAAUCUUUGCAAUCUUAUUCGGGGUUUCAGCCGCUGUUUUAGGGGCUUGGUAUUUUUAUUAA